AUGCCAAGCCUUUCUGAAUAUAUAAAGGAAACUUUGAAGAGCAAUUUCAGAGUUACCGAGAACGAGCAGAAGAAAAGCAUUUCAUCCGGCUCCGUCGGACAGAGACCGAACCAACCAUGCUUCUCCCCGCCAUUCACUUCUACGGCUUACUCCUAGCUUGCACCUUCACUAGAAGCUACUCGGCUUUCAAGAACGAUGCCACGGAGAUACUUUAUUCCCACGUCGUUAAACCUGCCCCCGCGAGCCCGAGCAGCAACAGCACGUUGAAUCAAGCCAGGAACGGAGGAAGGCACUACGCCGGCACGGGCUCCGACCGUCACAAUCGCGUUCAAGUUGGCUGCCGGGAACUGCGAUCCACCAAGUACAUUUCAGAUGGCCAGUGCACCAGCAUCAAUCCCCUGAAGGAGCUGGUGUGUGCUGGUGAAUGUCUCCCUUUGCCGCUUCUGCCCAACUGGAUUGGAGGUGGUUAUGGAACCAAGUACUGGAGCAGACGGAGCUCGCAAGAGUGGAGAUGUGUCAAUGACAAAACUCGCACCCAGAGGAUCCAGCUGCAGUGCCAGGAUGGAAGUAUAAGAACCUACAAAAUAACUGUGGUCACGGCCUGCAAGUGCAAGCGAUACACCAGGCAGCACAAUGAGUCCAGCCACAACUUUGAGGGAACCUCUCAAGCAAAGCCUGUCCAGCAUCACAAAGAGAGAAAAAGAGCCAGUAAAUCCAGCAAACAUAGUACAAGUUAGAAGUCAGAGGUUCUCUCCUUUCCUGCUCCUCCUGCCAAAACUGAACUCACCUGUAACCAUUUGCUUUACAGUUCUGACUGCUUAAAGACAAGUCUGCCAUUGCUUUGUUCUCAGAUGACACUGCACGCUUAUUGUUUUGACCAAAAUCAAAAGGGGCAUUCUCAGCAUAUGGACCUUUUUGGGUGAUUUUCCAAAAGCUCAAGAUGGGCAGUAACACAAGCCUUCCAAACCCUCACUUCAAAGCUUUACGUUCCCUCCAGCCAUGGAGGCAAAGAAAAGUUGCCAUGAAUAUUCACGGAAGUCUGUUUUGUAAAAUGAUGCUUUGUUGUAUGUCUUCACAUCAACAGUUUAUUAUCAUGCCUACUGCCUUCUCUAUCAUGUUUUAUGAACUUCUGACAACAGCUUACAAAUGCUACACCAAGAAUCUGCUUUCAGAUUCAUUCUAAAAAAAGAAUGCCUUGCAUGCUGAUCUUUCUCCUGUCUCAGUAUACCAAAAAUGAAAAUAUGCAUGGCAGCAAUCAAAAAGUAAAGCUGAACAAACUAUUUAUUUGUUGUUGUAAUUAUUUAAUGAGCUUUUGUAUGUGUUAUUUCCCUCCAAAAUGUUCUUGUGUUUAUAGCUUUUCUCAUGUAUCAAAGUAUUCUGCUAUGAUUCGUGGCUGGAUUAGAACAUACAUUUUGUAGAUAAUGUAAAAUAGAUGUUCUAGCAUUCUUGGUAUAUAUAUUUUCAUUUUGAACAUUGAUAGACUUAGGUGUUAUUUUGAACUACCAAUAUAAAAAUUUGUUUUUUCAUUCUCCACUUCAUACUAUUUUUGUUUAAAAGUGUGCAAUCAAAAGACAGAUAUGACUUCCUUUCAAAUUCAUUGGUUUCUUUUUUUUUUGUACAAAAAAUAAACACUGCUAAGAAACUGUAUUGUCUGUCUCUAUGUACAAAAAUAUACACGUUCUAAUCAGUCACAACGCUUAAUCUUAAAAAAUGGGAGAACAAUCAUUAUUUGGUCCAAAUAUCCAAUUAUCUAUCCACGAGAUCUAACAUAAAAUAAUAUUUCUGCAGAUUCUUUUGAGAUGUAAAAAUCUUAUAUGACGGAUUAACAGAUGGUGCUCAUUACAGUCCACGCCAGGUUCAUAGGAACCAAUUGUCAAGUUGUAUAUUGCAGGAGAAGUGUGUAUUUGGGAAGUUUUACAAGCUAGUAAAACAUCACUGUUUUUCUUACAAUAAAGAUGAUGAUCAAUUCAAAAACAAAUGGCAAAAAUAAGAGUCUGCUUAAUCUUUCUAAGAUAGCCAAUGUAGUCUUCAGCAUUAUCUACAGAUUAUUACAGGACGUAUUUGGAAAUCGAACCAAUUCACCUCUCAUCUCAAAGUCCACGAAUCAUGUCCUUAUCUUUUAAACUAUAUUGAGAUAAUACGGGUAAGAUUUCACCAAGGGAUGGUGGUGUUCAUAAAUUAUUAACUUUUAUACCCUAUUUGCAUCCAAAGAUAAGACAAGAACAGUGUAAUGGAGAAGUCUGGCCUAAUAAGGUGUCACACAAGCUCUCUUUAACCUCCUCUUUGUUUUCUCAUUCCACCUCGCACUUUAAUUUCUAAAGAUUCAUUGUGAAGUUCUCAGCUGAGAUCCUCCUUGGUUGUGUCAACAGAAACUGUUUGAAAACCAUUGCUACUGCUUGGCUUACCAAAUCCUAACUUUUAUGUACAACAUUUGAUGAUUCUUCCUCGAGAAUUCUCUAUAGGGAAGCCAGCGGAAGCCUUAUGCAUUUGUAGUGAUUUAACUUCAAAGUGCCACCUGAGGUAGCUAGGCUCUUUCUUUGGGCAGGACUUUGACUUUCUGCAUGGGAGAUUAACAGGAAAGCAGAGUCAGAAAGAUGUUUGCCUUGAUUAAUUUUCUUAAGGCAUUAAGAGGUGACACCUUGUCACUCAUUUCCUACACAAUCUGCCUUGUAUUUCAUCCUGUUACAUGUGAGUUCAUAUGGGCCCAUACAAGUGUCCAGAAAAAAGGCAUUAUAUAAGAAUAUUCAACUAGUUCCUUCAAUGUUGAGCAUCUCCAAUAUGAAAACCUGUCAGUAAGACGUAGACCAUUGGUCUUAUGUCUACAGUGGAGAAUCUUGCCAAAGCUUCAGUGAGAAAAACAGUAGUGUUUAAACUGAAAUAAUGAAGCAUAUGAUAUACCUUCUUACGUUUGUUUCAGAGUUAAAAAGGAAAGACAUGCUAGAUUUUUCUUAUUUUUCACCUAAAAUGCUAAGCCAUAUAGAUGUAGUAAGCAUGCAAAUGUUUUGAAAACGUACAUUGUAGAGGCAGAUCUGGAAGGUAGCAUUUGAACAGACUAGACCACUAAAUAAUCCAGAUUUAUUGCAAUGAGAGUAUACAGAAGUUGACUUUCUUGAUGAUAUUCCAUCUUAUGAGCAGAGCACUAAAUCUUAAGCAAGAAUUUCUUAAUAGUGAAUGUAAUUUUAUCCUGCAACGUAGAUUAAGCUCACUCAUCUUACUGCCUCAUCUUCAACAAGGAAACAAAUAUUUGUGAUAUCCUUCUUGGUAGAUGGACAAUCAGUCUCAAACAAAGGAAGACAAUCUGCACUUCCACACAACGUGAAUUUUCUCCAAUUUAAUAUCUGAGAAAAAAUACUGAUUUUUAAAAAAUGUGUAUUUAAACAUCUUAAAAAGAACUGAGUAGUUUUAUAAAUUCUCAUAUUUGCUUUAGAAAACUAAAAGUGCAUACAUCAGAAAUAGUUUAUUAGCCUGCCAUCAUUAUUUCUUUACUUUCCAUUUGAUGAAAAUUGUCCCUAGCUAAGGGGUAAAUUGUUUUAUAAUGAAUAGAAAUCAAUUUUAUGCGGAUAUCACUAGAUAUAAACUUGACUGAUGCUGAAUGUUUUGUUAGCAUGGUAGCACUCAGAAGCACACUGAAAAGAGGCAGUGGUAAAUAACAGGUGUCGUCAAGGCAUUAUCAAUUGUGGAGGUCAGAAUGGCUUGGCAUUUGAAGUUCAGACUAGAAAAGCCCAUUGAGAAGUUUAUUAAUUCAUUUUUUAGCAACAGUAAUGAAUGUCUUCUUUCCAGCAACCUUGGAAUCAAAAACACACGUUUGAGUUCAGUCAAUUGUUUGGAAAUAAAGCAGAUACUUGAAUAACACAUCAUUCAAAACACCUAACAGAUUUCUGCCAGUAAAUCACUGUAGUCCUCCUAACCUUAACCUUUAUAUGCUUCCUCUAGAAGUGUAGCACUUAUCAAGAAAGGAUGGCUCAACAUUCCACUGUGGGACUCUUCUUGCUACAAUAUUAACCUGGAGGUGUUACUGGAAAAUUAUAAGGAAUCCCUAGUGUUGGAAAGUGUCCUCAUGAUGCAUUUCUAACCCCUUAGGCCAGGCAAGGGGCUUUGAUUCUAAUUUUGUUGACAUACACAUAAACAUAGCUUCAGGCUAAAACUGAAUUUUCUCUAGAGAUUUAUGAGUUAAACAGACAUUCUAUCACUGGAUUUGUUAAUUUUACCUGAACGUUUCCCCCACAAUAAAAACCCAGGCCCUCCAUCUUUCUGAAAGACAUCCAGACUUUCAGUUCACUUAUCAUAUGAGGUAUGUGGACUUGCACACUAGAAAAAUGUGCUAUUGCCUAUUACUGAGCUAAUAUGCAAACAACUACCCUCCUCAGUCCUUCUGUGACAAGUAAAUGCUUUUAUUUUGUAAUAACGGUCAAGCUAGAUGGCACAAACAUAAUCAGUCUCUACUAAUUACUGACAAAAGUAUCUACAAACAUUGGAUUGUAAUUCCACUUUGAAGGGUGUGUUUUUAGUUCCUUCACUUUGGUUUGACAACAUAUUAUAGCGAAUGAAGUAAUGUUACACCACGUAGCUGGAAUACAGGCCUUCCGAAUGCCUCUACACAAUAAAAAAGAAACUACCUCUUAAUACAAAUGAAAAUCAGGACCAUUUACUAUGGCUGUGGAAUAGGGUACUCCAUGAACAUAAAAGAAAAUUUAAAAAAAAUCAGAUCCCUGGAAAAGAGGCCUAAAUUGGAAUUUACUGUAAAAAUGAUAAAAUUUAGCAAACCUUAAAGACAACAUAUGUUAUUGAGCAGUGAAAGGUGUUACCAUCUACUUAGUAGUAAAUUAAAAAAUAACAAGUCAUCUAAAAAUGUUUUGUUGAACACUUUGUCAAUUUCUUGUCCCUUGCUUUGUUUAUAGUAAUCAGAAUUAAAAACUAACACAUACAGGCAUUCCAAAAAGAGACUGAAAAUAGUUCUGCAUCAAAAAGCAACUGUGCUGGUGCAAAUAUAGUUCAAAACAGCUAACAGUUUUAAUAGUGAGACAAUAAUACAUUAUUUUUGACUUCUCAGAGAAAAAUUCAUGCUCUGACUUGAUGCAGAACUUUCACAUUUGAUUUGUUUUGGUAGACUUGCUGAGAAGUUACUUAGCAGAGAAAUUGCAAAACAAAAAAAUCCAAACAUAAUAAAAGCAGACACCAGCUGGUAGAAUCUGAUGCUUUGGUGAAGCAAAGAAGAGCUAACAAGGCACACUCACUAAAGUUCUUUUCUUUCAUAUAAAACAGAGGAGAGUUCAGGGAGGGGGCCUGAGAAGAAGAGGAAGUGCAGCCCUAAUGCAUGAACAGAUGCAGAAACGGUGGGACUAUGCAAAGUUUUAAAACAGAUUCUAUAGCACAUAGACUGUUUUAAUUGCAGCUGAAACAAGUUUAAACAUCUGUUGCCUGUUAGAUUAUUAUUUUAUUUAUUUACUUAUUUAUUCAUUUAUUUUUGGAAUGGCUUGAAGAAAGCUCUUUUAGAUUCCCUAUGGCCAUUAAACUGGGAUGAAGAACAGAGGUCUGACUAUUUCUAAAAUGUAAAGUUGUAAUUUUUUUUUUCCCCACUGGAAAUCACAGAAGAUCAAGUUGCCUAGGUUCCCCAGGGCCCCAUACAACCUGGCCUUGAACAUCUUGAACUCUACCAUGAUUAGAAG